CACGUUUUGGCGGUGUUGCAGCAUCUCUCUCUCUCUCUCUCAGAACGCGAGACCCCGUGCUGUACUCACUCAGAUUCACUCAUCAUCGGGAUCCAGAAAAACUGAAAAGAACACAUCUCCUCCGCUAGGACCCUGCAUUUGGGUGUGGGGCGGACUGGGGAAAAUGUUUUGAGGGUGUUGCUCACUCGACACUGAAGUCGGGAUGAGAUGAGUAUUCCGCCUCAACACCAUGAAAGACCACAGCGACGGCAUCAAAUGAAUACAAAAAGGAUACCUUUGGAUAGCGCAGGAUGAGAUGUAUCAUCAUGAUCGAAAAUGAGACUUUUUGAACGCGAAACGGUUGGGAUAUGGCCUUUCAAAAAUUUUCCAUAGCCUCAUUGCAUACCGUCCACCACGACCUCAACACCCUCACACUGCCUGAUCAAAGUGAACUUUCAUCUUCACCAUCACUGCCGCCAGAAAGAAAAUCUCUGUUUUCUGCCGCUCACUGCCCCAGCCUUUCUGGAAAGCCGGUCAAUGGGAAAAGUACAAAUACCUCUUCCGUCCCUCGUUUUUCCAUUUCUUCUUUUCUCCCCAAUACCAUUCUUCUCUCUCAAUAACAAACAUCACGCUUGACUAAGAUUCCAAACCAACAACUCAGAUUCGUAACAAUUCUACUGUUUCUUCUCUCGAUCAAUUUCUUACCCAAUAUCCAUCUUCCCCAUAACACCUCUUACGUGUGAUAUCUCUCAAGAUGUCUCUCACCACUACCUUCACCCUCCCCUUCCGAAAGGCAACCACCCCGUCUCUCACUCUCGACCCGUGCUUCAAGGUCCUCUAUGAGAACAACAAGCAGAACCUCACCUUCUUCGUCACCACCAAGGCACCACUCCCCUUGUCCGAGGUGACCAAGAGCAAGCCGUUCAUCGGAUACCUCUCCACCAAGGAGCCCGGCCCCGUGGUCGAGUACGACAACAUGCGAACCGCCAUCGCCGCCAUGCGGGGAUACCUGAUGUGCACUCCCCACGGAGUCAAGAUGAUGGACUUUUACAAAGACUUGCUCCGCCUCCAGGGUCACUGGCUGAUCGCCCUCGCCGAGCAGUGCGCCUUCGACACCUGGAUCAAACUCACCCAGGCUCUCCUCAUCGACCGCAACGACGACGCCCUCCUCGAGUCGGUCACCCAGACCAUCCCGACCGCCGCCAGCAACCUCUGCGUCUCUGGCUUCAUCGACCGCUACCAAUUCGCCCAGCUCGUCCAGCACGAGCAGUCCCGCCUGCGCCUCCAGUGCCACGAGGCCGCCGAGGAGCUCUACGCCUUCAAGACGAGCAAGGACUUCUGGAACCAGCACACCAAGCUCGUCGCCAUGGUCGAACACUGCGAGAACAAACUCCGCGAGAUCCGCCAGAGAUCAGCCCGACGCAAGACCCAGCGCAUCGCCAAGUCCCGCGCCGCCGCAGAGUACAACAGCGACAUCUUCACCCGCCAAAUGGGCAUGUCGGCGAGAUACUUCCCUCAACCUCCCCACGUCACCCGGAGGGUCGACAACUGGAUGACCGAGACCAGAAACCGCUGCUUCGGCCACCUCGACGCCAGACUGGAGGAUUCUGGCAUCACCUUUGACUCUGCCGAGAUCUACAACAACAACGAUCAUGCACAGGCUGUCGCUGCUGGUGUUGUCCCACCUCUUCAACCUCACCAGACUCAGACUCAAAUCCAGCCCCAGCAAGUUUAGACUUGAGGCAUGCAUGAACCAUGACAAACCGCGAAGUGGUCAUGACACCUUGAUCAUCAUCAUCGACCUUGGGUCAUCC